AUGUCUAAAAACAAUUUUAAGAAGGCGAGCGAUCCGCGUGGCAUCCGGCGCCAUGAUCUUUCCGGGGAUCAGGGUGUGAAAUGUGCUACCGGCCAGGACGAUGUAGGCAACCAGGCAUCUCCUGGAAAAUAUGCUACUGGAAGGAGAACCAUACAGCUACGCAACAAGAUUCGCGUCGGUACAUGGAAUGUUCGUGGUCUCCUCAAGGAUGGCAAACUGAAGAUCUUGGAAAGCGAGCUAGAGAGAUGUAACUCCACUAUUACUGGCAUUAGUGAAACUCACUGGAAGGAUAGCGGCCACUUUGACACAGGGAAACAUACCAUAUAUUACUCCGGAAAAGAAAACAACAGCUUUGCCGGUGUGGCUAUUGCUAUACCAAAACUGUGGAAUAAUUCUGUCCUGGGCUACAACCCUGUUAAUGAGAGAAUUAUGUCUAUAAAAAUUGAUGCUUCACCAGUUCCAAUAAAUAUAGUCCAAGUUUAUGCACCCACAUCGACAGCUGAUGAUGAUAUCAUGGAAACUUUCUAUAAAUGA